AUGCUGAAGCAGGAAUAUCUGGUUUAUACAAGAUCCUGUGCCUGGCUGGGCUACUCAGACCAGCAGUUAAAACAGCUACACACAUAGACCUUGAGAGAAGGCUGGACAACGCUCAAAGUAAAGGUGGGUGCAGAUCUUCAGGAUAUUUGUAGAUACAGAUUUAUAUGAGAAAUAAUUGCCCCAGAAAACAUAAUGAUGCUGGAUGCAAACCAACAACAGGAAAUAAAGGAAGCAAUAGAGUGGGUCACUAAAACAGGUGAGUUUAAGCCCUUGUGGAUUAAGGAGCCAACUUUUCCAGAGGGACAUGCAAGCAUUUCAAAAGCCUUAGCACUGCUAGGAGUUGGUGUGGCAACCAGAGAACACUGCCACAACAGAGUGAUAUUUAAACAGCUUCUACCAGCUAAGGCCUUGAGUUACCUCCAAAUUGACAGCUGCAGGCUGGGAAGUGUGAAUGAACACUUGUCUGUGUUGCUGAUGGCCAAAAUGUUCCAGAGGCUCCACCAAAGGACUUUUCAUGUCUUUGUACUGGGCACUGUCUUUUUCUACUAUGGACUUGGAGGUCUCUGUGAAUCAGUCCAGCAGUUGAUAGUAUUUGAUUAUAUCCCAGUGUCUGGAAGCCUUGAAAGCAGGUACUUGAAACCUGGGCUGUAUUCCAUCUUCAGACACUUCACAGAUCCCAGUCACUAUGGUGGCAAACUCACCGAGUUGGACUAA